GCAUUUCUACACCAAAAGAAUUCCAUUCCUUACAAUCCUCUUCCAAAGCCUCAUCAGCAUCGUCAUCUCCUUCAAAAACAAACUCCAGUAAUAUGAAGACUCCAAUGCUCUUCACACUUCUCUCGUUCACUCAGAUUCUUCUCAUCGCCAUCCUCCCGUUCGGGUCCGCCGACCUCGUGGACCUCACGUGCAAGAAGACGCCGUACGUUGCCUUCUGCGCCACGGCUCUCAAGUUCGACCCCCGGAGCUCCACCGCGGACACCAAAACCCUAGGCCUGAUCAUGGUCGACGAGGUCGAAGCGCACGCCAAGUUGACUUUGGCCGAAAUCAAGCACUUGCGCGGCAAGGCCCCCCACCCGAGGGCGAAGCAGGCGCUGACCUCUUGCGAGCAGUCAUACAGAAUCAUCAUAAGCGCGAUGGUGCCCCCGAGCAAGGAAGCUUUGACCAAAGGCGACUACAAGUUCGCCGUGGAGUACAUGAAUGCCGCGGCAAACGACGCGUCGGAGUGCGAAGCGGGCUUCGGAGGAGGCUCGAAGUCACCGAUAUCAGGCUCGAACGAUUAUGAGCGCAAAGCUGCCUCGGUGGCUUCCGCCAUUGCCGGUUUAUUGCUGUGAGCAGUGAUGAUCGGAGAAAUGAAUCGUUAGAAUAGUGAGGGUUGUAUAAAAAUAAUGUGCAGCUCGGAAGCAAAAUGAAAACUGAAUCGUAAUGUUUCUUAAUGAAAGUGCAGGUUUCGUUUGAUGAAAUGCUGUUAAUUGUAUCAAAUACCAAAACAUACUCAUUUUAAAGCUGAUCGAUGUGAUAUAGAAAAGGCACACAUUAUAUUUUUCCUCCGCAAGUAAACAAUUUCACACUCUUGAUCAUAUAUAUGACUAGCUAUUUGAAGUU